GGCCCAGAGAAGGAGGGACAAAGGCUGUGAGAGAGAGUCAGGAACAAAGACAGGAGGAGGGAGACAGAGAGAUACUCAGGAGAGCAGGCCAGAGCGAAACCAAGCAGACAAGUAGUAAACGGGGAGGGCAGGGAACAGUGUGGAAUAUCCUGAGUGACAGAUGGUGGGGACAGUGUGAGGAUGAGACACAGCAUCGGGAGACCCACCAAGAGAUCUGAGAGCUGGGACAGGGAGGGUGGUGGAGACAGACAGUGGAAGGAAGAUAAUCAGGAAGGAGGUGUGGGCCGGGAGAUUGACAGGACAGUACAGAGGGACACACAGACACCCGGGCUCACAAGGAGGCAGGAGUCCGGCAGAGGACGGCAGAGAAAUCCUCUGGCUCCAACAGGCAGAGGGAGACUGAGGCAGAUCCUUCAGAUAGGCUUUGUACCUUGGCUCUGUGGGGUGAGGAUCUGAGAGGUGCAGCAGGACUUGGUGGGCCUAGUAAGGGGGUGCUCGCUCAGGGGCCAGCUGACGCCAGGGACUCUGAAAUGGAGCUCAGGGAGCCCAAGAACCCUGAGGAUGGGGACCCAGAGGAGGACACAGCUACGGCCCUCCAACGGCUUGUGGAGCUGACAGCCACCAGGGUGACCCCAGUGAGGAAUCUGCGUGUCCAGUACCGCCUCAUCCGAGAGCUCGGCUCUGGCUCCUAUGGCCGCGUACUCCUUGCCCGGCCUCGCCAAGGAGGUUCUGCUGUGGCUCUGAAGCUCCUGCGUCGGGACUCGGUCCUGAGAAGUACCUUCCUGAGAGAGUUCUGUGUGGGCCGCUGUGUCUCAUCACACCCAGGUUUACUCCAGACCCUGGAAGGACCCUUGCAGACCCCCCGACACUUUGCCUUCGCCCAGGAGUACGCACCAUAUGGGGACCUCAGCGGGAUGCUGCAAGAACAGGGCCUCCCAGAGCUUCUGGUGAAGCGGGUGAUGGCCCAGCUGGCUGGAGCCCUGGACUUUCUCCACAGCCGGGGGCUGGUCCAUGCAGAUGUCAAGCCAGACAAUGUUCUGGUCUUUGACCCCGUCUGCAGCCGUGUGGCCCUAGGUGACCUGGGUCUGACUCGGCCUGAGGGGAGUGCGACCCCUGCACCACCAGGGCCACUGCCCUCUGCCCCCCCAGAGCUCUGCCUCCUGCUGCCACCUGAUACCCUGCCCCUGCGACCAGCUAUGGACUCCUGGGGCCUGGGGGUGCUUCUCUUCUGCACUGCCACUGCUUGUUUCCCUUGGGAUGUAGCACUGGCCCCUGACCCUGAAUUUGAGGCCUUUGCUGGCUGGAUGACCACCAGACCCCAACCACCACGACCACCCCCACCUUGGGACCAGUUUGCACCCCCAGCCCUGGCAUUGCUCCAGGGGCUUCUAGACCUGGAUCCUGAGACUAGGAGCCCCCCACUGGCUGUCCUGGACUUCUUGGGGGAUGACUGGGGUUUAGAGAGGAACAGAGAGGGAUCUGGGGGCUGGGGGGUUACAUCUAGUGAAGAUGGGGAGGAGGAGGAAGAGCAGGAAGCAACCCUAGAGGAGUGGACAGAGGAGGAAGAGGAGGAUGACAAAGAUGGCAGGAGGAUGGGGACAGAUAGGGGAUCUCCCUGACCAGGUGAUGGGACAGGUGGUCAGAGCCUGGGCCAACGGCCCCUCCCCCAGCACCCGCCCUCCCCGUCCUGGCCACCUGGAUGGAGACAGCUGCUCCCAGGAGGACAGAGAUGGAACACGUUGCACUCUCCCUGCUGAGGGCUGGACUGCGAUACACAAUGCCCCUCUCAACUGAAGACAUGGGAGUCCUCCUCCCUCAGACCUGGGAGUCCAGGACCCCAGCUCCUCCUCCGUCAGAUCCUGGAGUCCAGGGCUCCUGCCUUCUCCUCUGUCAAGGACUCUGCCUCUUCCUUCUGCUGUGAAUAUGUCUGCUUGAAGGAAGGCACUGCUUCCCCUACAGAUGCAUUUCCUCGGUGCAGGCACAUGCUAAGUGCCUAUCUUGGAGUUCUGAUGGGGUCACUCCUCACUGAGACCUGGUUGACUCUCACUGUCCACGGCACUAAAUCUGGGCUUUCAAGAUCCAGCACCAUAGAAACCUCACCCUCUACCUCUUCCAUUUCCCUGUGCUCCAGGAAAGUGGAGUGACAUUGGGAAGUCAUUCAUCCUUUCUGGACCACCCCCCCACACACACACACACACACACGCACACAUUUUCCUGCCAGCAGUCAUCUGCAAAUCCAGUGUCCUCCUCUGAGAAUGUGUUUCUCAUAGCUCCAUGCCUCUGAGACGUGGCCUGUCCCCAGGCCCUUGGGAUCUUGUACCCAGAUGAUCUAUAUCUCCCAUCUUUUUCGGCCUCACCUGUCCACCUGUUCAGGACAGCCUCUGUUUUUUUUGUUUUUUUUUUUUUAAUUUUUUUUUUUUUAUGAUAGUCACACAGAGAGAGAGAGAGAGGCAGAGAGACAUAGGCAGAGGGAGAAGCAGGCUCCAUGCACCGGGAGCCCGAUGUGGGAUUCGAUCCCGGGUCUCCAGGAUCGCGUCCUGGGCCAAAGGCAGGCGCUAAACCGCUGCGCCACCCAGGGUUCCCCAGCCUCUGUUUUUUUCUCAUUUCGACAUCCUUUCAGUUCUUCUUGCACAUGACAAGUGCCCCGUGCCAGCUUCCAAUCAGCCUGGACCACCAAGGUGUGUGAUCUUCCCAGCUUUGUGGGCCUCGGAGCCAGCUUUCCAUGCUGGUACGGAUGAGCUGAUACUCACCUGCUCCAGCUCGGAGCCGUCACACCGCCCCACACAGCCCCACACCGCCACCUCCAGCUCAGAGCAGGACAUUUUACAUCUGCGGAGCAGGGGCGGCAGGCAUCUGACGCUAUGGCCCCAUCCCCAGCACAGGGUCAUGGCCCCAUCCCCAGCACAGGGUCGGGGACAGGGAACUGCUCCCUCCAGGGGAGUCUGUCCUAUGUACUUUCUAGACUUAAAAAUGUGGGUUCACUAAAGCACAGUGGGGCACCCUGGAUCAGACCCUGGGAGAGCAGAAGCACUGGUAAGACAGGCAGGGUCUAGUGUCUGACACCAUUUCUUUGUUUGGACAAACAUGCCAUUGGCUGCGUGAGAUACGAACCUGUUGGGGAGCUGGGGACGGCCUGGCAGUUCUCUGCACAAUCCUUCCAGCUGUUCUGGAAAUCAAUAAUUAUUCUGAAAUAAAAGGUUUAUUCUUUAAAAAUUAA